AGCGCGGCCCACCUCCACCGCACCGCUCCUCCCCUCCUUAUAGCCCUGACCGGUUCCCCACCUCCUCCGUUCCCAAUCUCCACCACCAAACCCUAGCCGCCGCCGCCGACGACGACGACCAUGUCCUCCUCAUCCCUCAACCAGGACGACGCCGUCUCCUCCCCGGAGCUACCCCCGCUAGCCGCGCCAGGCAUCGCGGCGGCGGCCGCAGCCGCCGCCGCCGCGGCCUCGUCCGGCGGGGGCGGGCUGGCCAUCGGGUCGGGCCGGCGUCUCCCCCCACCCUGCUGGACGCACGAGGAGACCCUGGCCCUCAUCGAAUCCUACCGCGACAAGUGGGAGGCGCUCAAGAAGGGGAACCUGCGGGCGGCGGACUGGGACGAGGUCGCCGGCGCCGUCACCGCCCGCUGCGGCCGCUUCCCCACCGCCACCUACAAGUCGGGCGUGCAGUGCCGCCACAAGAUCGAGAAGCUGCGCAAGCGCUACCGCGCCGAGCGCUCCCGCUCCGCCGGCCGCUCCAAGGGGCCCAAGUGGCCCUUCUUCGCGCUCCUCCACGACCUCGCCGGCGGCGCGCCCGACUCCGGCGCCAACCCCAUCAUCAAGAUCCGACCCCGCGGCGGCACCUCCACCACCCCCACCCCGGCCUCCCCGUCCUCGCUCCUCUCCUCCCCGACCUCCUCCGACGAGGCGGGGCGGAGCCGGAGCCUGCACGGGCUCAUCUCCAACGGCGGGGGCGGGAGCGGCCUGCGCUUCACCAUCCCCAAGGGCUCGCGCACCAGGCCCGGGGCCCCGCCCCCGCGUGACCACCUUCCCACCAAGCCGGACACGGAAGAGGACCCGGAGGCGGAGGCCAUGGCGGAGGUCGCCUCCGCGCUGCGCGCCGUCGGGGAGGGCUUCCUCAGGAUGGAGGAGCGCAGGCUCGAGCUCUCGCUCCAGAUGGAGAAGGACAGGAUGGAGGCGGAGAUGAAGCGCACGCAGACCAUGCUCGACGCGCAGCAGCUCUUCGUCGAGGCCUUCCUCGGCAAGCACCAGCACUCGCACCACCAACACAAGAGGGCCAAGCUCGUUUCCUCAUCGGCCGCUGCCAUGGACGAGGAUUGAUUGAUUGAUGACUAGAGGCGCUCCCAGCUCCUCAGCUCAACUCUCUGUUGAUCAUGUCUGCUGGCUCUGCCUUGCUUGUUAACCUGUCGUCAGUCAGCUCAUGACUUGUGAUGUUUUUUUACUCUUCUUGUGCUUUGGACAUGCUUAAAUAUAAGGAGGGCAAAGAAUGUGUAGGUGUAGGAUAUGGCUGUGGACAGGAAGGAAGAUUAGAUGUGUUCAGUUGUAAUCAGCGUUGUGUUUUCAGUUGCUCUUUAUGGUGGGGAAAUGUUUCAGCUUUAGCUUUGUUCCAAAUAGUAUCAUUUCUUCGGCUUCUUAAA